GCUAACAAGUUGUGGAAAUACUGCUUUAACACGUUUAAGCUUUGGCAAUUUAUCAGAGAGAAAACAAAAACCGAUCUUUACAAAUGUCUACCCAUCUCUGCUAUUAAAACAACCACCACAGUGAGGAGAAAACCCUCUGGGCCUGCCUUAAAUGGUUGCUCCAGAACAAUCUCCACUCCAUACCGGCAUGGCUAAAACCCCAUUUCGGACCAAAACCUCCUCUUUCCUCACGGACGCCAUUCUCUUCGUUGGAGGAGCAAUGGUGGCUUUGCUACUGGUCUGGUCUCUCUGGUCUUUCGUCGAGCCUACUCCUAACUCUUCCCCUAAUUUUUCUUCUCCGGUCACCCAGCCAAAUGCCGCCGUCUCGGAGGCCUUCUCUGCAGAGGAUUGCGCUGAAAUUGCUGCCUCGGGGUCGGGGGUUAACCUCCGUCACGACACCCCUGCUCCCACCUUCUACGACGAUCCGUAUCUCAGCUACACCAUCGACAAACCCAUGAAGAACUGGGACGAGAAACGUCGGGAGUGGCUGAAGCACCACCCAUCCUUCAUCCCCGGGGCAAGUGAGCGAGUUCUCCUUGUGUCAGGAUCGCAGCCGUCUCCGUGCCGUAACCCCAUCGGCGACCACCUGCUCCUGAGGUUCUUCAAGAACAAGGUGGAUUACUGUCGAAUCCACGGCUACGAUAUCUUCUACAACAAUGUGCUGUUCCACCCCAAGAUGAAAUCGUUCUGGGCGAAGAUCCCGGUGGUCCGGGCGGCAAUGAUUGCCCACCCGGAGGCCGAGUGGAUAUGGUGGGUGGACUCGGACGCGGCGUUCACGGACAUGGAGUUCAAGCUGCCACUGGAGAGGUACAAGGAGCACAACAUGGUGCUCCACGGGUGGACGGACUUGAUCUACGACAAACGAAGCUGGACGAGCCUGAACGCGGGCGUGUUCCUCAUCCGAAACUGUCAGUGGUCGAUGGAGUUUAUGGACGCCUGGGCCAAGAUGGGGCCGCAGACACCGAACUACGACAAGUGGGGGAAGACCCAGAGAUCAACCUUAUCGGACAAACUCUUCCCGGAGGCGGACGAUCAGUCGGGUCUGGUUUACUUGCUGCUGGAGGAGAAGGAGAAAUGGGCGGACAAGAUUUACUUGGAGGGGGAGUACUACUUCGAAGGAUACUGGUUGGAGAUCGUUGGGACUCUGAACAACAUAACCGACAAGUACGUAGGAAUGGAGAAAGAGAUACGGGGUUUGAGAAGGCGACACGCUGAGAAGGUGAUGGAGCACUACUCACUGGUGAGGGAGCCGUUUCUCAAGGCUGCCGGCAACGGCAGGGGAAGCUGGAGACGGCCGUUCAUCACCCAUUUCACCGGGUGUCAGCCCUGCAGCGGGGAGUACAAUCAAAUGUACUCCGGGGACAGUUGCUGGCAAGGCAUGGAGAAAGCUCUGAAUUUCGCCGAUAAUCAGGUGUUGCGUAGCUUUGGAUUCAUGCAUCGGGAUUUACAGGAUUCUUCAUCCGUUUCACCGUUGCCGUUUGAUUAUCCAGCCUGACCGGUUCAUAGUUCAUCAUAAGUGAUGGUAGAUGCCAAAGUAAAAAAGAAAAGGUAUGUUGUAGUAUAUCUGUUACUUUCAGACUCGUACACAACUUGCAUGACUCUUCAUGUGCAAAGUGCAAAUAGCAAGCAAAUCAUGAUUCAUGACACAUCAGAAUCAGAAUCAGAUGAAUGUAUGUAGAUGAAGAUUUUUACAUUUUAUGGUUACGUGAAGGAUCCAAAUCCAAACAUGUUUCUGUUGGCUGUUGGGUAAAAAAAAAUAGAAUUAAUCGGAUUCGGACCAAACCCCAAAGUCCAAACCGAACUUUUUUCUAUUUUGUUUUGUUGUAGGCUGUCUGUAAUUAAUUAGUUUUAUAUAGUAAAGUAUAAGCUGGGUUGGAGGAAGCUUUGGCUUAA